AUACGUUUCUUGUACUAACAAAUUACAAACAGAACAUCUGCCAACCAAACCAAGUGGCGUGGUCUCUCUAAGUCCAACUCUCCUCUGCGGCCUAACACGCCCCAUUCCGAAUUCUCUUCAAUCUCAAACCCUAAUUUCCCAAUUCUGCUUUUUCAACAUAAUUUCUUUCUAUUUAUUCACUGUAUAUACACAUUUUUCUUCCUUUUCACCUUCCUCGGUUGCAUCGCUUAAUCCAUUUCAUCACCAAAAAAAGUUACAACUCGUUUUGAAUUUGCGGAGUGUUAUGAUUUUACUGUUCUAGCAAUGGUUUUCGAAUCUUCGGUUUUGGGUCACCAUGUCUUCUGUUCGGGUUCCAAAUUGCUUUACCCAGUGCAUGAGAAUCGCACAAAGAGAAUCCCAAUGAAGGUUUUGGGUACAAACAGUAGAUACUUAUUUCCUAUUGUGUCGAAUUGUGUUGGUCCUUUCAGUUCUACAAGCUUUCAUGGUUCAAGUUAUGGAAACAAUGUGAAGCUAGUUGGUGGAGCUAGCUUGAAGAUGAACUGUCUUGGUAGUAGUAGUAAUAGUGAUUGUUUGAAAGAGAAAAAUGUUGUUUCCAAUUCCGAUGCUAAUUUGAAGUUCAUAGAUGAGUUUUUGGUGAAGAGAGGGAUUGUUUUGGCGGCUGCUGUUUGUGGGGUGUUGGUGUUUGGAUGUCCGCAGGUUUUCGCUGCGGAAGGUGUGGUGAAAGCUGGAUAUGGUGUUAUUGGGAAGAGCAUACUUUUGCUUAAGAGUACUUGGCCUACUGUUUUGCAAGUUCUUCGUUUGUUUAAGGAGCAAGGGUUGUUAUUGGCUUUGCUUUUAGGUCUCUCUGCGUUUUUCUCUCUGGCGGAGACAUCAAUUACUACACUUUGGCCUUGGAAGGUUCGUGAGUUGGCUGAAAAAGAGACUGAAAACGGCGUCUUCAGACUACUCCGUAGUGAUGUUACUCGAUUCCUAACGACCAUACUUAUCGGCACAACUGUGGUAAAUAUUGCAGCGACUGCUCUGGUCACAGAAGCUGCAACUGCAGCAUUUGGUGAAGCUGGUGUUAGUGCAGCAACAGGAGUGAUGACUGUUGCCAUUUUGCUUCUCACCGAAAUCACUCCAAAAAGCAUUGCGGUUCACAAUGCCACAGAGGUGGCUCGGUUUGUGGUCAGGCCAGUGGCAUGGCUUUCUCUGGUACUGUAUCCCGUUGGAAGGAUUGUUACCUUUCUUUCAAUGGGGAUGCUUAAAUUGCUUGGCUUAAAAGGAAGUAGCGAGCCAUAUGUAACCGAAGAGGAGCUAAAACUGAUGCUGAGGGGUGCAGAAUUAAGUGGGGCAAUAGAAGAGGAAGAACAGGAUAUGAUUGAAAAUGUGUUGGAGAUAAAAGACACACAUGUCAGAGAGGUUAUGACACCUCUUGUUGAUGUUGUUGCAAUCGAUGCAAGUUCAAGCCUUGUAGAUUUUCAUCACUUGUGGGUCACGCAUCAAUACUCAAGGGUACCCGUUUUUGAGCAACGUGUUGAUAAUAUUAUGGGUAUAGCGUAUGCGAUGGAUCUACUUGAUUAUGUUCAAAAGGGCGAGACUCUAGAAAGUAUUACAGUUGGAGAUAUGGCUCACAAGCCUGCAUAUUUUGUACCUGAUUCAAUGUCUGUUUGGAAUCUUCUUAGAGAAUUUCGAAUCAGGAAGGUUCACAUGGCUGUCGUUCUUAACGAGUAUGGUGGAACUGUUGGGCUUGUAACUCUUGAAGAUGUCGUUGAAGAAAUUGUUGGUGAAAUCUUUGAUGAAAAUGACUCAAAGGAAGAAAUACAGAAAAAAACUGGUUACAUCGUAAUGCGAGCUGAGGGUGUGUUUGACGUCGAUGCUAACACAUCCAUUGAUCAACUCUCUGAAGAUUUGACCAUCAAGAUGCCAGAGGGUCACCAAUAUGAGACAGUAUCUGGCUUUGUAUGUGAAGCCUUUGGAUAUAUUCCAAGGACAGGAGAGAGCAUCAAGAUAGUUCUUGAAAGGGACGAUGAAGAUGACGAAGAUGAUUCCAAUGGUGAUCACCAGGAACCGAAAGAGAAGAAACAUAUUUUCAAACUCGAGGUACUAGCAGGAAAUGCUAGAAAGGUGAGCGCUGUUCGGUUUGAAAGGCUUAAUAAUGGAGACGAAAUGUUGGAGACGAAAGAAGUAACACGAAUGUUCCCAAAAAUUGUAAAAAGAAAAUGGAACACUGGUGAGGAAUCUGAAGAUGACGCUGAAUAUGAUGGAUAUGCAUUUCCAAAGAGACGAGAGGAAGACAUUUCUAAUGAAUAUGUAGUUGAUCAGGAAAAUUCUCAUAGAAAUUAAUAAGUUAUUUUCACUUCAAUUUUUUUUAUAUGUUCUCUCUAAUUAGCAAGCUCUUGUGCCAUUUUUGUAUUGUAUUAGAUUGAUAAACUUGAGAUAAGUGUACAAAAUGAGAACCAAUGUUCUUUUGAAAAAAAAGAAAGAACCAGAAUAGAACCUUUCGAUGACAAAGAGGGUUCUAUGCCAACACAAGUCUUUUUGAAGGCUUGAAAGUCCUAAUAAAGAUGUCAUAUUUUCUACAUUAA